AUGCUUCACACCAAACCCCGGACGCUGAACGCCCUUUUUGUACGCGGAGGCACCUCGAAUGGCUUGAUGAUCCACGACAGGGACUUGCCGCCUCGAGACCAAUGGCAGACAGUCCUACCAGCUGCCAUGGGAUCUCCCGACCCCUACGGGCGCCAGCUCAAUGGCAUGGGAUCCGGCAUAUCGUCCACGUCCAAGGUGGUUGUGGUGCACCCGCCUACCCGGGACGACGUUGACGUGGAAUACACAUUUGUGCAGGUGAGGAUCAAGGACGACGGUCUCGACAUGGAGGGAAACUGCGGCAACAUGAGCUCUGCGGUUGGCCCCAUUGCAUGGGAAUGGGGCCUUGGGAAAGAGGAUGCCGUGGAAACAGAUAGUCACGGCCGGACGUGGGCGUCCAUGAGACUGUUGAACCGGAACACCAACAAAGUCAUUGUUGCACGGUUCAGGGUGGAGGGACGAGACUACGUUCCGUCAGGUGAAUACGAGCUCGAUGGUGUCGUUGGAGAGGCCUCGCCCAUCACCAUGAGCUUCAUGGAUCCCGCGGGCGCCAAGACAGGAAAGGCACUGCCUUCGGGAAAUGCCGUGGACGAGUUGCCACUCGAGGAUGGAAGCACGAUUCAGGCCACACUCAUGGACGUCAGCAACCCGGGCGUCUUCGUCAAAGUCGCAGACUUGGGCAUUGACGCGGAUGCGUUGACACCAGAUGCCAUCGAGGGAGAUGUCGCACUCAAGAGGCGGCUAGAGCAGAUUCGUCGCGCCGGUGCCACAGAGAUGGGCCUCGACCCCGAGGUUGAGUCGAUACCAAAAAUUAUCCUCGUCUUCCCUUCCAAAGACCCCUCGGCCGACAUUCGAUGCGCCGCCUUGUCCAUGGGCCAGGCUCACAAGGCGGUGCCGCUGACGCUGGCGCUCUGCCUGGGCGCGGCGUGCCAGACACCAGGUACGAUCCCUGCGAGUCUGCUGAGAGAGAGCGGAAAAGAGGCCGUGACGAUUGCGCACCCGAGUGGGAAACUGGACAUUGGCACUACGAUGAGAGACGGCAGACUCGUCAGUGCUGAGCUCCUGAGGACAGCGAGAAUCAUGAUGAAGGGGGAGGUGCUGUACUAG